AUGACUUCUUCAAACUCCGACCAGCGGCUGGACCACCUUCUGAGCGUGGUGGAGAGCGAGUUUCAGAAGGGCAGCGAGAAAGGAGACGCCUCGGAGAGGGAUAUUAAACUGGGACUAGAAGACGCAGAAUUAUGGACCAAGUUUAAAGAACUAACCAACGAAAUGAUCGUCACCAAGACUGGCAGGCGGAUGUUUCCAGUGCUCAGAGCGAAUGUGAGCGGCUUGGACCCCAAUGCCAUGUACUCAGUCCUAUUGGACUUCGUGGCUGCAGACAACAACCGGUGGAAGUACGUGAAUGGCGAGUGGGUUCCCGGUGGCAAGCCCGAGCCACAGAGCCCUAGCUGCGUCUACAUCCACCCAGACUCGCCUAACUUCGGAGCACACUGGAUGAAAGCGCCUGUCUCAUUCAGCAAAGUCAAACUGUCCAAUAAACUCAACGGGGGAGGACAGAUCAUGCUGAACUCUCUGCACAAGUAUGAGCCCAGGAUACACAUUGUGAAGGUUGGAGGGCUCCAGAAGAUGAUCAGUAGCCAGUCUUUCCCCGAGACCCAGUUCAUCGCUGUCACUGCUUACCAGAACGAAGAGAUAACUGCGUUGAAGAUCAAACACAAUCCAUUCGCUAAAGCUUUCCUUGACGCCAAAGAGAGGAGCGACCAUAAAGACAUGCCAGACCAUGGUGGAGACAGUCAACAGUCUGGUUAUUCCCAACUUGGUGGUUGGUUCCUACCUGGUAACGGCCCUAUGUGCUCCAGCAGCAGCCCCCCUCCAUUCAGUGGGGCCCCUGGCCCCUCCUCAGGGUCUUAUUGUGAGAGGUACUCCAGCCUGAGGGGCCACAGGGCAGCCCCCUACCCCAGCCACUACCCACACCGCUCCUCCAGCUCAAACAACUACAUGGACAACUCGUCGGGAGCCCUGCCCACCCAUGACAGCUGGUCAGCCCUUCAGAUCCCUAACUCCACUGGGAUGGGAACCCUGGCCCAUACCAGCAACUCCACAUCCAACUCCAGCCAGUAUCCUAGCCUGUGGUCUGUUGCCGGGACGACCCUAACUCCUUCUGGCUCCUCCUCUGGUUCCAUCUCUGGCGGCCUGACCAGCCAGUUCCUGCGAGGCUCCUCCUACACUGGCCUGACCUCCUCCCUGCCCGUUUCCUCACCAUCCUCCAUGUACGACCCCAGCCUUAGUGAGGUGGGUGUAGGCGUGGGCGAGGCCCAGUUCGAAAGCUCCAUCGCCAGGCUCACCGCCUCCUGGGCACCUGUGGCUCAGAGCUACUGA